UUUAAUCUUUUCGCACUUGCUUCCCUGUUCAAACAGUUGCAGGAUGGCUAUGACUGACUUGCUCAGCGCUGAGGAUAUCAAGAAGGCUGUGGGAGCCUUUUCAGCGGCUGAAUCUUUUAACUACAAGAAGUUUUUCGAGAUGGUAGGAUUGAAAAAGAAGAGCCCAGAAGAUGUGAAGAAGGUUUUCCAUAUUCUUGAUAAAGAUCGGAGCGGCUUCAUUGAAGAGGAAGAAUUGAAGUUUGUACUGAAAGGCUUUACUCCAGAAGGAAGAGACCUAUCAGACAAAGAAACGAAGGCUCUUCUGGCUGCUGGAGAUAAGGACGGUGAUGGUAAAAUUGGCGCUGAUGAAUUUGCAACUAUGGUGGCUGAAUCAUAAAGGCUUUGACCAAUGCAAACCCUUCACCCAUCCUUCACUGCCCAAUUCCAACCACCUCCUGGUGACUGCUUUGGCUCCUGUUCUAUUUAUUUAUGUUAUUUUAUACUCCAGCUCUGUUCUCUGCAAUCCUGCAACUCUGUAAUUGUGCUGAAAGACACUGUUAAAAUAAUAAAGGUCACAUCAAUCUGGGCUUUCUUCUCGCUCACUACAACUUGUUUCUUAUUUCAUGUAGGCUUGGCACACGCUGAGAGAAAAUGUUACUUGAUUUUUUGCUGACAUCCCUGCUGCUUUAUCCCUAGCUAGGGUAAAGUAGGAAGAAAUUUUAAAAAUUACUUGGGAUAAAACAUGCAUAUGAGUCAUUCAGUCCAAAUUCUGAACUGUGGCAAAACUGACUGCAUUAUUUUUCAGCCAUCCCUGCUAAAUGGAUGCAUACUCAUAGCCUGGAAAAUCUCUAGUGAUGGCAAUUACCCAACUUCAUUUGGCAGUUUGUUCUUUCAACUUAAUCAGUGUUACAGCUAAAAAGUAUUUCCUAAUAUUUAAUCUCCAUCUCUCYUCUUGGUGAUCAGUAAAUUGAUCCUUGUCUGUAUCAUUUGUUGAAUUUGCCCAGUCCAUGGGGAUUUUUGCAUAAAAGGUUUGACAGGAAUAUCAGUUGGUGCCAAUCAUACAUGGAGAUAAGUCUGUAAACUGUUAAAAAGCAGUCACUUCUGAAACACGAGGCAUGUUUGCUAGCAAUGUUACACAACUAUCUAGGACGGAAAGAAUGGAAUGCUUGCAAGAAAUAACAAUAUGAAUUUCAGAAAAGGGAACACUAAGAUUCAAGCGUGACAGUGUGACAAUCCCACUGUUAAAAUAGCAAAUAAAAAAAAAAUCCCACCAAAAAAGAAUUUAUUCUAAAACUUUACCAGAGAGGUGAAAUGAUUAGCUAGUAUUAAGCCUAUACAAAGCUCAAUACUUUUUCCCCAGAUCCUGAUCAGUAACUUUGGCAUCAAUCUUAUGCUUUUUACCUGUAUUGUUGGAGGUGAAAAAGCAAAGGCUAAAGCGGGGGGAAAUCUUUUCAGGCAACAUCUCCCCCACAUCUUGACAGAACAUUGAUUAUCACAGCAGUAAAAAGGAAGGAUAUUUUCCAUUUCUGUAUUCCAAACCAUUCCCUGCAGCAAUAACACCUUAUUCAAUUUAGAUUUGUUGUCACUAAUUUAGUAGAGACAAAAAGAAAAGGCUGAAACCCUACCAUCAUCGCACUGUACGGCACACCAUCCUCUGCCACAGCGACUACCCAAUGCUACUCGGGAAGCCAAUAAAUCUUCCCUAAAGCCAUUCUAGACCCUCACCCUGUAGUAACCUGCAAGGAAGACUUUUUGCUGAAGAUGCUGUGCGUUCACAAGAAAUCCUUUGGUUUUGCACAUUGUAUAUACGGUUCUGAAGGAUGUAUUGAUUUUUAAGUAUUCUAAAUAAAGCAAAUGAAAACGGAUUGCAGUGGAGCGAGAUUAUUUCCUGCUUUUUUCUCGGCAGCUGCUGACAUCGCGUGGCUACAAAGCGUCAUUACAGGAGCACACAGGGCUACCGAAAAAGCAUCAGAACCCCCCGCUAUUGCAGCAGCGUUAAUGAAGGACAGGGGAAUUCGAGAAUCGACAUAAAAGCCGCUGCAUAAACAACGCCCUUUACAGUCCUUUUCUAGUCUCUGAAGCUCGAAGGAUUUGUAUUGUAAUCUUCACUGGUGGCAUAAAAGCUGAAU